AAGAUCAUUAGAAAAUCACAGGUAGGUGAGUUUGAUCAGGGUUGGAGCUGAACUCUGCAGCAGAUUGGCCCUCCAGGGAAAGAUUUGAGGAACCCUGGUAUAGUCGGUUUGAGCACUGGUGAUAAAAUUAUGACAUCCCUUCACAUGUUUUUGGUUUACAUUGGACCUUUUGGUCCAUUAGAUGUCAGCAUUCGGUUCAAGCAAUUGUCUGAGACCAAUUCGACAGAAAAGGUGAUCUGGGGAAAAGAGGUCCAUUGUCAACGGUGACAGGAAUAAAGGAAUCUGCCUUCACUUGAUUUUGACAGGUCUCAGGUGAAGUAUCUCUCAUUGGCUAUUAAAGGAAGAGGCCGUGUGUUUGACCCACCGCCAGCACCUGUUGCGCCAGGUCGACAUCUGAUAGCAGAAUAAAUGACAAUGUGGAUCACUGAAGACUCAAAUAAAGUCUUACUCCAUCCAGCACAGACUCGAGUUUUCAUUUUUCACCGUUAUUGCCACAGUGUCAUCCCAGGCAUUGUUGUGAGCCACAUUGUAUUUUUCCUGCUGCACUAUCAGAUGUGCUCUAAUCUUAAAGAGAUAGCGCACCCAAAAAAUGAAACUUCUUUCAUCAUGCGCUCACCCUCUUGUUGCGAAAACACAUAUGAUUUUUUCCUUUUCAGUGCAACACAAAAGGAAAAAAGUGUCUAGACUCUCCUUUUCUGUACAUUUGGAAGAUGCUCUGUCAAACUAAAAAAAAAUUGCACAUUAAAGCACCAUUAAAAAAAGUCCAUAUGCCAUAUUCUAAGUCAUAUGAUAGCUUUGUGUGAGGAACAGACUGAAACUGAAAUCGUUGUCUGUUUGUUCGUUCUCCUUUUGUGUUGCAUGUAAAAAAAAAAGACAUGAGAGUCAGUAAAUGAAAUAUUUGGCUGGUUAUCAAGUCAAAUUGAUUGUCGUUUUGCUGGUUUAUUCACUCUUGUGCAGCUGUAACAUAUUGUCACUUGCACUGCAUUUUGAAUAAACCAGACAAACAAUCUUUGCAAUAUUCCCUCAAUCCUUUGCACAGACCCAGAUGGGAAUGGAUUGCGGUGCCAAUAUGAUGAGAAGUUGGCAGUUCCUGACCAUUAUUCCUCAAUAUAUAACAAAGACAGCAAUGGAUUCGCAUGCUACACGGAGCAGAUGCAUAACAUCGCAGGCUUGACACGUCGGACAGGUCAUGAUGCAACCGUUACUUUGGGACAAGGAAGCCAUCACGCCUCGGGCAGAUUGGCAGUGCUAAUAACCAUCACAACAUGAUAAUGCCAAUGCAGAAUAUCAACAAAAACAGCUCAUUUAGGCUGAAUUUGCUCAGCUUUUAUGUGCAAGAAAACAUUUACCGUUUAAAAUGGCAUGGGUUAGUCAAAGGAAGCAUUGUCGUGUCUCUUUCCUCUUUGUAUAAUUGGUCCGUCAAGCAUAGCUGGAGUCUGCAAUACCGAAACCAGGAAACAGGAUCCCGUGUAUGUCUAUAUCGGUUAUGUAACUUUUUAUGUAACUGCAUUUAAACAAGCACACCGUUAUUAGCGAGGCAGUACCUGAGCCCUCGGCCCCUCUGAGCCUUUGAUCCUUUAUGGAGGUUCAAGUCGAAUUGCUGGUGCUCUUGUAAUCUCUUUGAAGAUAACCACGUAACCUUCAGAUCUAGCAAGUUUCAAAGGAAUGCAAAACUGGGGUCCGACACGUUCAGAUUCUGGCAAACUGACAAAAUCGCUGGUCGGUUUCUAUGGCAACUUCACACACGCUCAAUGACAUGUUUGGUCAUGGUGUCAUACGUGCCCAGAAUUAGAUUGAGCAUGUUUUUUUUCAAUGGAAUACUCAGAUUAUAACUCAGUAUGCAUUGGGACAGGUUGAUUUGCCUUGAAAAUGUGAAUAAUUCACUCUGAACGUCUGUUUGGCUGACCAGUGGCAGAAAUAUGAAAACAAUAAUUAUUUUUGCAAUUACGUUUGGCGACACAGAAAUGACACGCUUCAGCUUUAGCUGUAAAUGAAGUAAUUGUGUGCUUUUUGUGUUGCAGGUGAGGUGCCUUUAAACUCUGGACCAAACCAACAGUGCUGAAAAUGAAGAUCUGUGUUGCUUUUAUUGUAGUAGCUGUUCUUCACAUUGCUCAGGCUGUUUGUCCAGAUAAGCUGCCUGGACUACAACCUUGGACUCCCGGUCACAAUGAAGCCCACAGAGUAACCAUCGGUUACGGCCGCAAAGUCAUCCUCACCUCAUCCGCGACCAUCCAUUCCAUCGAGAUCCUCAACGGAGGGAAGCUUGUGAUCGCUGAUUCCAGUCGACCCAUUUUUCUGCGGGCUAAGCACAUCCUCAUCGGGAACAAGGGUGAACUUCACAUCGGCAGUCCAGAAUGCCCUUACAAAGGCAACCUCACCAUCUCUCUCUUUGGCAGGUCUGAUGACACCGAGGUCAAACACAGUUAUUUUGGCCGCAAGUACAUUGGUGUAGGAACCGGAGGAACCUUGGAGAUUCAUGGCAAAAAGAAGCUGUCCUGGACGUUCCUGAACAAAACCCUCCAUCCUGGGCAGGGCAAUGAGAACAGCUACCGUUUCGAAAGGAGCUGGGGCAACAGAGGCAUCAUCAUUCACGUCAUCAACCCCAAGACCGGAGAGGUUCUGCACACUGAUAGGUUUGACACAUAUAGGAGCAAGGACGAGAGCAGACGACUGGCCCAGUAUGUAGACGAGGUGGAAACUGGGCAGAUCUUGGCCUUGGUGGUUAAUGACGAAGGAUCCAACAACCUGGAGGAUCUGGCUAAAAAGGCUCUGACUAAGCUGGGUAGCCAACACUUCCAUCGACUCGGAUUCCGGCAUCCGUGGAGUUUUAUUACAGUCAAAGGGGACGCGUCCUCAGCGGUCGAGGACCAUGCCGUCUAUCAGGGAACCAAGGCUUCGUCUGAGGCCAGAAGCUCUCGGGUGUUUCACUCAGGUUACGGAGAGCAUUUCACCAUCACCACCAUCAGUCAGUGGGUUCAAGAGGCCGAAUGGACUGAAUGGUUUGACCGUGAUGACGAGAGGGGGUCAGGUGACUGGGAGAAACUGAGCGACCUCCACAAAGCUUUUCCAGAGCGUCUGUGCAGUAACCCUCUUGAUAUUGAGGCUGAAACUUUUGACGGCAUCCCUGCCAACAUGACAGGAGAAGUCUUCUCCAAGUUUGACAGAAACUAUGGCUUUGUAUGCCUCAACAAAGAGCAGGUGGAUGGGAUUUGCCACAACUACCGCGUGCGUUUCCUGUGCGGCAAACUCGUGCGUCCACAGGCCUCCAUCUCCAUAGACACCUUGUCUAACUGCACUAUUUUGGAGCUCGCGGAUGAACCCCAGGGUUGGACAUUCGGCGACAGGAUCGUGGUGGCCAGCACAGAUUACUCCAUGCACCAGGCUGAGGAGUUCAGCAUCUUGCCUUGUCCUUCCUGCACGAGGAACCAGAUCAAAGUGGAAGGUAAACCAGCGUACCUUCACAUCGGAGAGGAGGUGGAUGGUGUGGACAUGCGGGCAGAGGUCGGACUGCUGACUCGCAACAUUUUGAUCAGAGGCGAGAUGGAGCCGACCUGUUACGGCAACGAAGCCUGCAAGUUCUUCUCCUUUGACACGUUUGGUGGCCAUCUUAAGGCGGAGCGAGGAUUCCGCUCGGUGCAUGUGGAAGGGGUGGAGUUUAAGCACAUGGGGCAGCAGUCUAUGGGUCACUACCCAAUCCACUUCCAUAUGAACGGGGAUGUGGAUGAGAAGGGAGGCUACAACCCGCCAACUUAUGUGAAAGACCUGUCCAUUCAUCACACCUUCUCCCGAUGCGUCACCGUCCACGGCACCAACGGGCUGCUGGUGAAGGAUGUUGUCGGCUAUGAUGCUUUAGGACACUGUUUCUUCACUGAGGAUGGACCGGAGGAGAGGAACACAUUUGACCAUUGUCUGGGUCUGCUGGUGAAGGCGAGCACACUGCUGCCCUCCGACAGAGACAGCAAGAUGUGCCGUGACAUAACCAACGGAGCUUAUCCUGGAUACGUGGCCAAACCGCGCCAGGACUGCAGCGCCACCUCCACCUUCUGGAUGGCUAACCCCAAUAACAAUCUCAUCAACUGUGCCGCGGCCGGAUCCGAGGAAACAGGAUUCUGGUUCAUUUUCCACCAUGUCCCCACCGGUCCGUCAGAGGGCAUGUACUCCCCCGGCAAGUCCGAACAUACACCCAUGGGGCUGUUCAUUAAUAACAGAGCUCAUUCCAAUUACAGGGCGGGGAUGAUCCUCGAUCAUGGAGUAAAGACGACUGAGGCUAAUGCGAAGGACAAGAGACCCUACCUCUCCCUCGUAGGCGCGAGGUACGGCCCACACCAGGAUGCAGACCCCUUCAAACCACGAGUUCCUGCUCUAGUUCACCAUUUUGUGGCCUACAAGAACCAGGACCAUGGUGCAUGGCUGAGAGGAGGAGACGUUUGGCUGGACGAUUGCCAGUUCGCUGAUAAUGGAAUCGGCCUGACUCUCGCCAGUGGAGGAACCUUCCCGGAUGACGACGGCUCCCGUCAGGAGGUGAAGAACUCUCUGUUUGUGGGAGAGAGCGGGAACAGAGGGAUGCCUGACUUGAUUGAUCAAUCCUGGGGUCCUGGCGGCCCCGAUCAUCUCGGCAGGUCUCUGCCCAGAGGAGUGGACUUCCCCAUUCGUGGAAUGCAAAUCUACGACGGGCCGAUCAACAUCCAGAACUGCACGUUCCGCAAAUUCAUCGCUCUCGACGGGCGACACACCAGCGCUUUUGGCUUCCGCCUGAACAACUCAUGGCAGAGCUGCCCGAACAACAACGUUACUGACAUCACCUUCAAUGACGUGCCGAUCACCUCACGCGUGUUCUUUGGUGAACCGGGCCCCUGGUUCAAUAAGAUGGAGAUGGACGGCGACAAGACAACCAUUUUCCAUGACAUCGACGGUUCGGUGAGCGAAUACCCGGGUGCUUUCCUAGUCAAAGAGGACAACUGGCUCCUGAGACACCCCGACUGCAUUGACAUCCCUGACUGGAGAGCUGCCAUCUGCAGCGGGCACUACGCCCAGAUUUAUGUCCAGACCCGAAACCCAGCCAACCUGAACAUGAAGAUGGUGAAGGAUGAGUAUCCAGACAAGCCUCUGGAGCUGGUUGGUGCUCUGGGAAAGAGGAACCACUACCAGCAAUUCCAGCCUGUGGUCAUGCUGGGUAAAGGAUACACCAUGCACUGGGACCAAGCAGCUCCUGCCGAGGUCACCAUCUGGCUCAUCAACUUCAACAGAAAUGACUGGAUAAACAUGGGCAUCUGCUACCCUAAAGGCACAGAGUUCACCAUAAUCUCCGACAUCCACAACCGCCUUACCAAAGAUACGAGGAAGACCGGGGUGUUCAUGAGGACCACUCAGAGAGAAAAGAUGGGCCACUCUCACCAGACGAGAGGAUAUUACUACUGGGAGGAGGACACUGGGCUGCUCUUCCUUAAAAUCAAAGCACACAAUGAGAAGGAAGACUUUGCGUUCUGCUCGGUGAAGGGUUGUGAAAGAGUGAAGAUCAAAGCGCUGAUUCCUCCCGGCAGCGGCCCCAGUGACUGUAUGGCUGAAGCCUACCCCAGAUACACCGAGAUGCCCGUCGUAGAUGUGCCUAUGCCCAAAAAACUGCCUCGCUCCAAACUGCCUCACACACUGGAGCACUUCCUUGAAGUCAAACUGGAGUCAUAUAACACACGCUUCUUCCACAUCAAAGAGGACUUCGCCUAUACUGAGGUGAAUGAAAAGAAGAUCUACCAAUCAGAGGACGGCAUUCAUCUGACUGUAAUCGACGGCCACAGCGGUAAAAUCCUGGAGUCUAAAGGCUUCAGGAACUCAAUCCUGAUGGGAAUUCCAGCUCAGCUAGAGAACUACAUCACAAAUCUCAAAGACGAGUCAGUGGUUUUGAUCACCUCUAAAGGGAAACUGGUCACCAGAGGGCCAUGGACCAAAAUUCUUGAUACCCUUGGAGCAGAUCAGACGGUGAAGUUGAAAGACAAACUUGCCUUUGUGGGCUUCAAAGGCUCCUUCCGGCCAGACUGGGUGAGGAUGAGUGUUGAUGAAGAGCGGGCCAAACUCCACCAAGUGCUGCCCAUCCCUGUGAUUAAGAUGAUGAAGCUAUGAAGACGAGCGACACACGCUGCAGGACAUCUCAGACUCGCAGUAGCAUCACUGCCGGACGAGCCCAGCAACAGCCGCACGCCAGGACUACUGAACCUAAAGCACCAAUCACAGCCCAGCAUGUGUUUAUGUUACCUAAAAACCCCUCCCAGCGGAUUCCAUUGUAUGUGACAACGUGGACGUUGUGAUUUUUUGGAUCGUGUCGUCAGUUGAUUAUACUUGAGUUUCGACGGGAGAAAAACAAGAAAAAAAAAACUAAAAACAAUUGCAACAUUCCUUGUUUUUGUCCCUCUCGGUGAUGUUUGCCUUCAUGUUUCAACAUGUUUUUUCUAAAUAUGUAGAAAAAGAGGUUUCAGAUUGUAAAUGUCGUGAGGUUUCCUCAUUUUAAUUGUCACGCACAAGAGUUGGUUUCGUUUUUGUUGAACGAGAGAGCCAGCAAAAAAACAACAAUCCGGCCUUAAAGGAACUGGUCACCCAAAAAUGAAAAUUUCACUCAUUUAUUUACACCUCAUGUCGUUCAGUGUAACAACAAGCAAGAUUUUUAGUUUUAUAUUUUUUUCAAGCAUAACUUCUGAAAGCACCAUACAGCUUCAAGACGCGUGAACAGAUAUGGACACAAUUCUCAUUUUCUGGUGAACCGUUCCUUUAAAUUGAAUAGUCAAGAAUGGAUUUGAAUCUGAGCAUUAGUAGAUGUCAGUCUUAUCAUAAAAUGAUCAAAUCUGUGAUGAAUUGGCUUUUCUUCCAUUUGGCAAGAAGUACGACAUUGUCCCUUUGCCGAAAUAGCUGGUCUUUUUUCGGAGAUUGUAAUUUGUUAGUGUUUUUGUAUGUUUUGUGUGUUUCUAAAAAAAAAAAUACAAAAAAUCCUGAUUGAUAACAGAGAUAUAUUUUAUACUUAUUUAUUGUACAGGCACUAUUACAAAAAAUCCAGAAGGGACGUCUUUUAAGGGACUUUUAAGUUGUAAUGUAAUUCUGUCCUAUCUGUAAAAACUAAAACUUUAAGUACAAUUUUCACUUUAGUGUAUAAUUCAAAUAUACAUGACAUUAACUUUAAGUUGUAUAUGGGUGUGAUGUAAAUGUGAAUGAUUUCCAAGUAAUAAAAAUGUAUUACUUUAGAUAAGAAAAAAAUAUAAAGACUUUUGUACAGAAAUAAAUCUUUUUUCCUCA